UCGCCAGAGACAAAGAUGUGGGAAUCCUGGGAGAAGAGCAAGGACUGGGGAGCUCUGGUCCUCACCCGGCUCCCACUACACACCUCUUGGCGGAGCCCCGUCCAGCCCGUCAUGAAGCCAUUUCUGUCCUUCACUGUGCUGGCUGUACUUCUGUACUUUUUGGCAGAAGGCCCCAGCCCAGCUCAGGCUUCCUCAAGUGUGGCAGAGGGCUUUGAACAGUUCCAGCAUAAGGUGAAGGAGCUGGCGGACACUGUGGCUACCAAGGCCAAGGAGGCCAUCUCUAAGAUCCAGAACAGUGAAUUCUCCACCAAAACUAGGAACUGGUUCAAGCACAAUUUUCAGAAAGUGAAAGAUAAAAUGGAUGCCACCUUCUCCAAGUAAUGGCAGGAGGCUGAGUCUGAGGGCUCACCCACUGC